AUGAAAAAGUUCAUUGCCAAUAUCAAGUUCAUUGGCUCUGGCAAGGGGCAUUCGAUGCUGGACAAUGGCAAGAAGCCGGAUGCCAAGCCAGCCGCAGCCGCUGCUCCUGUUCGCCAGCCGCCAAAGGAGCAAUCUGCUGCAGCAAAGGCGAGUGUGAUGGCUGCCAUGGAGCGCGUUGCUGCAGCUCAAGCGAGAAACCAGCCUGCAAAGCCGACGCCCAAGAUGAGCAUGAUGCAGUCUGCGAUGGCCAGCGAGCCACAGCCAGCCGCCAAAGCGUCAUCAACGUCGAGCAGCUCUAGCAGCAGCAGCAGCAGUAGUAGUAGUGUGCCGUUGGAGGAGCGGUCGGAAUCGGCGUCCGCAGAGCCGUUCUUGUCCAUUGGCGGUGGAUCCGAGCAGCUCAAGUACAAUUGCUCCCUCUGCUCUGCCGUCCACACUGCGGAUGCGAUUCAGUCGCAUACCCUGGAGUGCCUCGAGCAAUUUACAGAGGGCGAGGAGGCACCUGUGCUUCGCGCCGUCUUCCGGUUGUUCCGGCUCAACGGGUACCAGCCCUUCCCACACAUUCAAGCACACCGCGCUGCUGCUGGGGCGUCGUCCACACCAUCUGCAGGUGCUGGUGCUGCUGCGUCCGUGGACGCGUCCGCCGCCGCCGCUGCAACAUCUGCAGCCCGACUCCAAACAUGCUCGCAAACCUUGCUGCAAUGCUUGGACAACAUCCUCCACAACCCCAGCGAGCCAAAGUUCCGUCGGAUGCGCAAGGGCAACAAGGCGUUAAGCGAAAAGGUGCUGUCUCUCUCUGGCGCCAGUGAGUUUCUGGUCGCGUGCGGGUUUCAGGAGGUCGUGGAGGUUGCCGUCGUGCCAACGGAUGGCGCGCCCAGCACAGCCGCCCCCGAGCCGUUGUUUGUGUUUGCAGCAACGGCUUCCCUGGAGCUGCUGCAGUGCGCCCGGGACUGCCUCGCCGACGGGCCGCCCAAGCCUCCACGCCCGACGGUUGAGCGCAACGUCAAGCUCUUCCCUGUUGGAGCAUCGGCCACCUUUGUUUCCAACAAGUUUGACUUGCCAGCAGCCUUCUACGAGCUUUCUGCCACAGAACUCAAGGAGCAGCAGCAAACGCGCACGCGAGAGCUCGAGCUGCAAUCCAUGUUGCGCACCAAAGCGAUGCGCGCGGCCGACCUGCAGGCAAAUCGCCGUCAGUACCGGUUUGUGUGCGUGCGAUGCCGGUUUAUGGAUGGCCUGGUUGUGCAAAUGAUGUUUGAGACGUGGGAGUCUCUUGCCGAUGUGUACAACGCCCUCCGUCGCCUUUUCAAACCCGAGUGCGCCGAGCUCGCAGGAGUGAUGCAACUCGCGCUGCCUGCCACAACGCUUGCUGCACUACGUGCGCGUUCGCCGCGUCCGCAAGCGGCAGGUGCAUCGAGUAACUCGGCACCUCCUGCUCCUGGGGACGGCCUUUUGGAAUCUGGCGAGUUGGCAGACAGCUCGGAUGUGAUCCUGUCCAACACUGCACUAGUGCCAGCUGCGCUCGUGAACGCCGUGUUCCCAAGUGGUGCUCUUGGUGACACGACCAAUUCCUUGUUGCUGUUUUCUGACGCCGUGUUGCAAAUGAUUGAUGUGAAUUAG